CCCCAAAAGUGCGUUGCAAGUUUGCAAAUUCGUAACUGCAAAUUCAUUUUCAUUAUUCAAAUCGUUUUCCUCUGUUUCAUUUUCCUUGAUGAGCAAGACCAAAAGCAAACCCUGAAUCCUUCAAAUUUGAAGAAAUGGCCACCUCUCACGGUGGUGGUGGUGGUGGUAACGGUUACAGAAAUGGUACUCACAGUCAAAGUCAUAGAACCUCUUUCAAGCCGGCAAAUGUGAAGUCCAAACCUACUCAACGGCGGAGUAGCACCGGCAGCAGCAACAGUAACGGCAAGGACCAUGCUGCUGUGCCUGGAAGGGUUAGAGUAGCGGUUAGGUUGCGGCCACGGAAUGCCGAGGAAUUAUUGGCUGAUGCUGAUUUUGCGGACUGUGUGGAACUACAGCCGGAGCUCAAAAGGUUAAAACUCCGGAAGAACAAUUGGGAUGCAGAUACUUAUGAAUUUGAUGAGGUGCUCACUGAAUUUUCGUCACAAAAACGUGUUUAUGAAGUUGUGGCCAGGCCUGUUGUGGAGAGUGUGCUGGAUGGCUACAAUGGGACAGUUAUGGCAUAUGGGCAAACUGGUACUGGUAAAACUUAUACUCUUGGACGACUUGGGGAGGAAGAUACAGCUGCACGUGGAAUAAUGGUGCGAGCUAUGGAGGAUAUUUUUGCAGAUGUUUCUUUGGAAACUGAUUCUGUCUCGGUCUCAUAUUUGCAGCUUUAUAUGGAAACUAUACAAGAUCUGCUUGACCCGGCCAAUGAUAAUAUCACCAUCGUAGAAGAUCCCAAAACUGGUGAUGUUUCGCUACCCGGAGCUAGCCUAGUUGAGAUUAGGGACCAGCAGAGUUUUCUAGAACUACUAAGAUUAGGAGAAGCUCACCGCUUUGCUGCAAAUACAAAACUGAAUACAGAAUCUUCUCGAAGUCAUGCUAUUCUGAUGGUUCAUGUCAAGAGAUCCGUCAAGGGAAGAGAUCCCACUGUUUCAAGUGAAAAUGGCAAUCAUCCGCACAUGGUUAAAUCAUUAAAGCCUCCUGUCAUUCGGAAAGCCAAGUUGGUUGUUGUAGAUCUUGCUGGUUCAGAGCGAAUUGAUAAGUCAGGCAGUGAAGGACAUACAUUAGAAGAAGCCAAAUCUAUCAAUCUGUCCUUGAGUGCGUUGGGGAAGUGUAUCAAUGCACUUGCGGAGAACAGUGCGCAUGUUCCAUUUCGUGACUCAAAGCUUACUAGAUUGUUACGUGAUUCAUUUGGAGGCACAGCAAGAACUUCACUGGUCAUUACUAUUGGACCCUCUCCGCGGCAUAGGGGAGAGACUGCCAGUACUAUAAUGUUUGGACAGAGGGCUAUGAAGGUGGAAAACAUGGUAAAGCUAAAGGAGGAAUUUGAUUACAAAAGCUUAUCUAGAAGGCUAGAAAUAGAAUUAGAUAAACUCAUUAUGGAACAUGAAAGGCAGCAGAAGGCAUUUGAGGAUGAGAUAAAAAGGUUAGCCACCGAAGCACAACAUCAGAUAUCUGAGACUGAAAAAAACUACAUGGAUUCAUUGGAGAAGGAAAGAGCAAAAUAUCAGAAAGACUAUAUGGAAUCAAUUAAGAAGCUUGAAGAGAAGAUGGUGAUGAAUCUUCGAAAGAAUGAGGAACCUCAUAUGAAGUCAAGUGGAGAGAUUCCUGAGGUGUCUGCUGAGGAACUGGCUGAUCUGAAAAGAAAUCUACAAAAGGAGACUCUUUUAAGAAAAGCUGCUGAAGGGGAGGUGAAUAAUUUGAAGAUUCAAGUUGCUGAGCUAAAAAAGUCAGAGGCAUUAGGAAAGUCAGACAUCUUAAAACUUCAUAGGAUGUUGGAAGAUGAGGCACAUCAGAAAGAGAAACUUGAAGGAGAAAUAGCAAUAUUACAAAGUCAAAUGUUGCAGUUUAGUCUUGAAGCCGAUGAGACAAGACGACAACUAGACAAGGGUGGAUUUGAAAAAGAAGUGGGUUGUCAUGAUUCUCCUACUUCCCAAGUCAAGCAUCAGCAGCAAGCUUCAGGAAAUGGAGAGAAGCCCUCUAUAGCCAAGCUCUUUGAGCAAGUGGGAUUGCAGAAGAUUUUGUCAUUGCUUGAAGCAGAAGAUGCUGAUGUGCGAGUCCAUGCUGUGAAAGUUGUAGCAAAUCUAGCUGCUGAAGAAACAAAUCAGGGGAAGAUUGUUGAAGCUGGAGGGCUUACAUCCUUGCUUACGCUGCUUAAGACCUCACAAGAUGAGACCAUACAUAGAGUUGCUGCAGGUGCAAUUGCAAAUUUGGCAAUGAAUGAAUCAAACCAAGAACUCAUUAUGGCCCAAGGGGGAAUUAGUUUACUGUCAAUGACUGCAGCCAAUGCUGAAGAUCCUCAAACCCUUAGAAUGGUUGCUGGAGCCAUUGCUAAUCUUUGUGGCAAUGAUAAGCUGCGAACAAAACUAAGGGGCGAAGGUGGUAUCAAGGCACUACUGGGAAUGAUCAGAUGCAGACAUCCUGAUGUGCAUGCACAGGUUGCUCGCGGAAUAGCAAAUUUUGCGAAGUGUGAGUCGAGAGCAUCUAGUCAAGGGACAAAGAGCGGAAGAUCUUUCCUUAUUGAGGAUGGCGCCCUUCCAUGGAUUGUGCAAAAUGCAAAUAACGAAGCCUCAUCAAUUAGGCGUCAUACUGAGCUUGCACUCUGUCACUUAGCUCAACAUGAAGUAAAUGCAAGAGACAUGAUUCGGGAGGGUGCAUUAUGGGAGCUAGAUCGUAUCGCACGAGAUUGUUCAAGAGAAGACAUAAAGACUCUUGCACAUCGAACACUAGUCUCCAGCCCCACUUUCCAAGCUGAAAUGAGGCGUUUGCGGGUGAAUUAUUGAUGAAUUCUGUAGAAUAAACUAAAGAGGACUGGAGAUACAAAGAUACACAACGAAUCUUAGUAUUUUGGAUGUAUCACUCUUUUCAAGCAAUCAAGCAGGGUUUCUCCAGUGUAUAGCUGAAACAAUGACAAGUGUAGGUGGGUUUUUGUAUUAUUGUAUAUGGUUGAUCCAUUAAUGGAUGGCCGUAAUUUAAUCAAGUCAACGUGUUGUCGCUAUGGUCUGUUUGCCUAGUCUAGCUUCAGGGUGUAAAUUUGGUUUGUAUAUGAAAUAGAGACAAGGAUAGCGGCAGUUUUGAAUUUGUGACAUGAAAUAGUUAUUUGCCAUUCAUAAUGACCGUAGUUAGUUAAUUUAAUUAUUAAGUGAUUGAUUGAA